AAUGGAGAGACCACCAGGGGCGCUGGAGUGGCCGGUCGCCAGUCGAAGCGCGACUCUACACGGAGCAAGUUGCGUCUCAACCGCUCCUGGUUCACGCGUCCGCCUGCGCCCCACAAAACGCCGACAAACUAAACGAAACUCACCAAACAAUGUUUCCAAAGGAAUAGGACAUACAUAUACGCUCAGUGACCCUUCCAUUCAUCCAGGAGAAUGUGUCUUCUGCAUGAAAUUUAAAUCCAGUCUUAUAAUAGUUGGCAGCAAUAGUUAUUGUCAUUCUUAGUUGCAAUAGUGAUGUGUCGUUAUUCGGUUGCUGAUGAGAGUGCGACAGCUACAGAAGCUGUUUGCAGGAGAAUAAUGCUGUAGCUGAGCACCCUGAGCCACAGAAACCUGUAGCUGGUCGGUCGCUGUAACGAAGCGCGCGAAAUGACCGCAGUCGUCUACGUUGCCUUUGGAAUAAUCUCUCUGUUCACCUGUGUCGGAAGCUUGAGAGAUGUGCAGCUUGAUAUCCCGACAGCUAUCAGUCCGGGAGAGACAGCCAUACUUCUGUGCAACUACGAUCUAGAGGGCGAGCAGCUCUACACGGUCACGUGGUACAAGGGACGUCAGGAGUUCUUUCGCUUCGUUCCGAAGGAGUUGCCGCAUACGCGCGUCUUCCACUGCCUGACUUCCAUGUAGAUGUUGGAAUGUCCGGGGAGAAUCGAGUGGUUCUGAGAUCUGUGGGUCCCUCCAUGACAGGAAAGUACAAGUGCGAAGUCUCAACGGAUGCGCCGUCUUUUGAAACCAAGUCUGACGUUGCACACAUGCACAUACUACAGGAGCUGAAAGGGGAACCAGUGCUGAGCAUGGAGAAGGAUCGAUACGCUCCAGGAGAAACUAUCAGAGGAACGUGCACUUCGCCUCCUUCAAUACCUCCACCCAACAUCACAUGGUUCGUCAAUGGUCACAAAGUGAACUCAAGUUUCCAAGCUCGGAGAAAAACUGACAAAGGGCUGGUGGAGACAACAGCUGGUCUGGAAAUGAUGUUGAACGAGAGUGGACGACUGAGGAUCCAAUGCGUGGCUGAUCUCUAUGCAAUCAGGGUGACCAAGAAGGAAGUGAUUCUGGACGAGGAGAGACCGAGGCUGGCCUCUGUUCUAGGCACGAGGGAAUCGGAAAAUGGGAGUGCUGACCGCUGCUCUUCAAUGAAAGUCCAUUUACUUCUGCUGACAAGUCUGUUGCUGGUGAAUGGAAGGUAGCAGUUCUCUGCAGUGGAUGUCAGCAAAUGAAUCAUGAGCUGUGAAGGAUAAUCUCUAAUUUGCGGGAGGUAAUAAAGCUCUGAGCUAGGUUCGAAGUUUUGAAAGUUCCUCAUGAGAACAAUGUGCAUUGGCCUUCUCAACGUAUCAACUCUAUUAUUUAGUUGUCUCCAGAGUACUUGGAUUCGCCUGUCGAGAAAGUUGGAUCUGGUGUCUUCUUCCAUUCGUGUAGGCUAAUAUUCAUCCUAAACUCAAUUUUAUAUUAUGACAUUCUAUGUGUAUGAAGUCUAUGUGAUUUGGGACAAAAAUAAUUAUC